AUGGCGUUCACCGGAACUUUAGAAAAAUGCAAGAUCUGCGAAAAGACUGUUUAUUUUCUUGAAAUGAUAACUGCUGAUGGAAUCACUUAUCAUAAAACAUGCUUCAAAUGCAGCCAAUGCAACGGCAAGCUUACGAUAAGCACAUACUCAUCAUUGGAAGGAGUUCUAUUUUGCAAGCCUCACUUUGAGCAAAAGUUUAAGGAGAGAGGAGGUCUCCCUAAAGUCACACAGACGGGAAAAGCCCCUAGUAGAUUAGCUGCUUUGUUUUCUGGAACCCAAGAUAAAUGUGCAGUUUGUAAGAAAACUGUCUAUCCACUUGAAAAGGUAACUGUAGAAGGAGAGUUUUACCAUAAAGCUUGCUUUCGGUGCACUCAAGGAGGUUGCUUUCUUACACCAUCUAAUUACGCGGCUUUAGAUGGAAACUUGUUCUGCAAGCCACAUUUCGCGCAGCUAUUUAAAGAGAAGGGUAGUUAUAAUCACCUUAAACAAGCUGUCAGCAAGAAAGCUGCUGCUGCAGAAGAGUCAUCGAGUGAUCAAGGAACGGCGGAAAAGACACCUGAAACGGAGGAAACAACUAAAGAAGAAGAGGAAGACUAAACAAAAUCCCACAUGAUGUUAAUAUGAAAUGAA